AUGUCCAACAGCAGCUCCAUCACCCACUUCCUCCUGCUGCCAUUCCCAGGCACACGGCAGCUGCAGCUGCUGCACUUCUGCCUCUUCCUGGCCACCUACCUGGCUGCCCUCCUGGGCAACAGCCUCAUCAUUGCCACCAUAGCCUGGGACCACCACCUGCACACCCCCAUGUACUUCUUCCUCCUCAACCUCUCCCUUAUUGACAUUGGCUACAUCUCCACCACUGUCCCAAAUUCAAUGGUGAAUUCCCUAUGGGGCAUCAGGGACAUCUCCUAUGCAAGCUGUGCUGCUCAGGUCUUUUUUGUUCUCUUUUUCAUUUCAGGAGAGCUUUUUCUCCUCACCAUCAUGGCCUACGACCGCUACAUUGCCAUCUGCAGAUCCCUGCACUAUGGCACCCUGCUGGGCAGCAGAGCUUGUGCCCAGCUGGCAGCAGCUGCCUGGGCCUCUGCAGGUCUCAAUGCUCUGCUGCACACAGCCAGUACAUUUUCCCUGCCCCUCUGCCAGGGCAAUGCUGUGCACCAGUUCUUCUGUGAGACCCCCCAGCUCCUCAGGCUCUCCUGCUCCACAGCCUACCUCAGGGAGGUUUGGCUCAUUGUGGCCAGUGCCUGUUUAUUAUUUGUCUGCUUUGUGUUCAUUGUGGUGUCCUAUGUGCAGAUCUUCAGGGCAGUGCUGAGGAUGCCCUCUGAGCAGGGUCGCCACAAAGCCUUUGCCACCUGCCUCCCUCACCUGGCUGUGCUCUCCCUGUUCAUCAGCACUGGCUUCUUUGCCUACCUGAAGCCUCCUUCCAUCUCCUCCCCACCUUUGGAUGUGCUGAUGGCAGUGCUGUACUCGGUGGUCCCCCCAGCAGUGAACCCUCUCAUCUACAGCCUGAGGAACCAGGAGCUGAAGGCUGCCCUGAGGAAGGUCACAACUGGAUGGUUUCAGAAGCAAUGA